ACGGUCCUAUCUCCUCUGUAUGAUCCUAUCUCUUUCUCUACUCGAUGCCUGGCUCUUGUUUCAUCUGUUCUUCCUCUUCCAUGUGCUUUCUCUCUCUCGUGUCUUUCUCUAUCUGCAUAGGAAUGGCUCAGCACAUCACGGAGCGGUUCUCGACGAAGCGGGGGUGCGGUGCAGGGAGGGCAGUGUGGCACGGCCCAGCGCAGCGGCGGUCAGGCGCGACACUACUCUCUCGGCGGGGCGACGCGAGGCUGGCAGAUGCUGCUGCAUCCUCGAGCUCCUGUGCCGCCACCAUGCCCUUCCGGAUGCUACUUGCCGGUUCGCGCGAGCUGCUUGGGGUAAUUGCAGGUCGUGGCUUCCUCGCGUGUCACUGUGGCGUGCGUGCGUGCGUGAUGGUGUAGCUUGUUGGCUACUUGGCUGCCGGCGGGCGCCGGGCGUAUGCGGAGACUGGCGGGAGCGGCGAGUGGAGUCGGGACUUCAAGAGUGCGUGGAUUCUUGGUGGGGUGGGUGGGGCCCACAUUCUUCCAUAGGGGCAAAAUCGUCUUUUCACAGAGCGAUCGGAUGUGAAACCUAACAAAGUGUCUUAUAUAAGGAAUAAAGUUAUACCCGGUGUCAAAUAGGGAACGAAAAAUUUUUGAAAGCACAGAGGAACGAGUAACUUCUCUAGUGUCAAACAUGGAAUUAUCUCAACAAACAAACAACAUGGUCCACCUGGAAGGGAUGUCAUGGGACCCACCCACCCCCGCUACUGGCUGCAUGAAAACAAGGAGUCUUCGGUCUUCCCCUGCCCGCGCGGGCUUCUUCCUCCUUGUCUUCUCUCGUCCUCUGCUUUCUGCUUUCGUCUUCCUCUGCAGCUAGAUCAUUCUCACCGGCUCCCACCAUGGCCACGCCGUCCCCUCCCAGACCCUGAGCAGCGCGUACAGCCUUCGAGAAUCGCCGGUGGCUACCUUGUCCGGCCGCCCAUGCCAUGGCGCUGCCGCGCCAGCUCUUCCUCCCUCUCCUCGCGGUCGUCCUGUCCGCAGCGGUGUGCUCCGCCGCAGCGCAGCCGACCACCGCCGAGGCUGCUCCCGAUAACAAUAGCACGCCGGGUGCCGGCAUCAAGGUCUCGUUCCGCCCCAGCGUGGCCAUCGUCGUCGGCAUCUUCACCAUGAUCUUCUCCCUCACCUUCCUCCUCCUCAUGUACGCCAAGUUCUGUCACCCCUCGUCCUCCUCGCCCCUGCCCGCCGCGAUCCCCACCGCCGCCGCCGCCGCCGCAGGCAAUGACGCCGCGGCGGCCGCGCUGGCGCCGGCGCAGGCCGGCGUCCCCAAGCCGGUGAUCGAGGCGCUGCCCUUCUUCCGGUUCGCGGCGCUGCGCGGGGCGCGCCAGGGGAUGGAGUGCUCCGUGUGCCUCGCCCGCUUCGACGACGCCGACCACCUCCGCCUCCUCCCGCGCUGCCGCCACGCCUUCCACCUCGCCUGCGUCGACCGCUGGCUCGAAUCCAACGCCAGCUGCCCGCUCUGCCGGGCGCGCGUCGACGACGGCGACGCCUCGCUCGGGUUCAAGUACCCCUCCAGCGCCAGCAUCGUAUUCGGCGGCCACGGCCUGUCCUCCGGCCGCUUCGACGGCGACGCCGACGCGGGGAGCGGGCGCGACCUCCUUGACAUCUUCGUGGAGCGCGUGCCGUCCGCGAGGUUCGCCGCGGGAGGCGCCGGCCCGAAGCAGCAGGCGGACGAGGAGGCGGCGUCGGCGAGGGCGCCGCCGUCGCCGGAGCUGGACAGGCACAAGCACCGCAUCAUCGUGUCGGACGUGGUGUUCAAGAGCCGGUGGAGCGAGCUCAACUCCGCCGACCUCAUCGCCCUCGACACCGAGAUGCUGCGCUCCAUGUCCAGCGGCCGCUUCUCCUUCCCGGAUUAUUCCCCGGAGUACAACGAAGCCAAGCUAUCACUAUCAGCAGCAGGGGAGGAGGAGGCGUACGGUGCCGUGCCGACGACGACAGGGGAGACGGAGAGGAAGCGGCUGCUGGUGGACGGUCGAUCAGGCGGCGGGCGGUGCAGCAGCUCCGCGGCGGUCGACGCCGCCGUGCCGGCUGCGGCGAGGAUGAUAUCCUCCGGGGUGCGGUCCAUGUCGGAGAUCGUGAGCCUGCCCCGGCUGCGCGGCGCGGCGAGGGAGCGGCUGUCGGAGGAGGAGAACCGGCGGUGGCUGCCGAUCGCGCGGCGAACGGCGCGGUGGUUCGCCGGCCGCGCCAGGGGGGAGGAGGGGGAGCCGGGAGCGGCGGGUGUCCACGUCGCCGCGGCGGCGCAUGUGUGAAUAGAAUCGAAUCGACGGAAUGCAUUGAAUUUUUGGAUGGGAGAAAAGUGUAAACAAACAAACAGUCGAGAUCAACCGAAGAGGACAAGUCAAAAGUGAAUUAUGGAGCCGGGUCAGCCGAUUUCCAAAAUUUUUACACCUACUGUACAUGCGUCGUCGUGCCACAUCAUGCAUGCGCCGGGUCUAGUUGAGUAAGUGGAUCUUGAGGAACAGCAUCAUAAUAGUAUGCAUCAUGCGAGAGUUGUAGUUUUUUUUUUACAUGACUAAUGGCAUGGUAAAGUACAGCGUCGUGCACAUUGGGAUUAGCCUAAGUACCAUCUCUACUUAUUGCGUCAUGCAUGAUUCAGCUGGUUGGGAUUAUCCUAAGUAUCAUCCCGUCAUGCUUCUCGGCGCUCCGGCCAAAUGCGUGCGGUGGGUAAUAAUGCAGAGCUAGCUGACGACGCACAUGGAGAUCGAUGUGCACGGAUGCCUUAUACAUUGCUCUCAAGUCUCAACAUGCGCGUAGACAAGAACAGGAUGGAAUUCUAUAGUAACAUGGCCAAGUGUAAUGUAGUGUAAUGGGAAUGUAGCUCUCAGGUAGUGCUUGGCUGCUAGCACACGGAGAUAAAGAAAGCGGAAGGCAGAUGGAACACGAUAAUGGAGCAGCCAGGGGAGUACAAUGUUAGCUGCUGGGAGUAGUAGUAUACUAUUGAUGAUUCCAUUUCCAGUUGGUCUGUUCGUUCAUUAGCAUAAU